AGGCUGUAGGUCAAAGUACGGCACAGUACGGCGUUUGGGCACUCUAAAAUGGCGACUCCCACGAAACAGCGAAAAACAUCGAAAAGCAAUAAACUGACGCCAAGUCCAAGUCUUACAAAGAAAAGAACAGUUGUUGUAACAAAGACUGAAACAGAUGUAAUCAGUGUGGAGCAGGAGCUUGCAGUUGGAUGUUUUGCUGACACAGAUGAGUCACGUGACAGUCCAGUUAACAUCGUUUCAUCGGGAGACAAAGUACCAGUAUUUAAAAACCCAAACUUUGUGCAUUCCAGUAUUGGUUCAGCUGGCAGUAAGAAAACCAGGGUGUGGAAAAAUCUCAAACAGAUUGUAGCUGCAGAGAAAGCAUUACCAUGGCAACCAGAUGACACAACAUAUGGAAUGAUUGAGGCACCGCCAUCUUUCAAGCCGGCUAUGAAAUACUCAGAUAUCUCAGGAUUGCCUGCAAAGUACACAGAUCCACAGACAAAGUUGAGGUACACAACUGCCGAGGAAUUCUCUAGGAUAAAAAUGAUGCCUGGUGAUUUAGUGACUGGAUGUUUGACUUUACGAAGAGCUAAUAUACCAGUUUGAUUGGUGAUCAAAAUAAUAAAAUCUAUUUGUUCUAGUGACAGUUUAGACAAACAAGCUUUGAUUGAAAUGAAUCAGUCUGAAAGUAGGGCUGAAGAGAAAUUGCCUUAUUGGUAAAUUAAAUGUGUCAGUAUGAACGGCAUAGGAAAUAGCUUGCCUUAUCUGUAUCUAAUACUCUGUUAAAACUUUCAGUGAAUAUUAACAUUGCUCAGAGUUCAUAGGUUGGCCUCCUAGGCUGAGUGGUUAAGGUCACUGACUUCCAAGCACUUGCACCUCACUGCUGUGGGUAAAAAAGACUUUCAUUUGAGAAAGCCAUCCAGCUGGCUUGUAGAAAGUUUAUGAUUGUUUGCUUGAAAUAACACUUGGAGAGGCACUUGGGGUCUUCUUUAAACAUUAAAAAGUGGAAAGUCGCUGUAUCACCUAUAAUUGUGUCACUGAGACUUUUAAUACAACAAAUGCAAAAAAAAAAACAACAUUAUCAGAUAUUCAGAUUGUUGAUUGUUAUUAUUUCACUAAUACAUUUGCUAAGUUAUCUUGAUAAUGAAACAAAUAACAAUAGAAACACAAAAAUAUCUCAGCAAAAUUUAUUUAACAGAAUAAUUUUAUUUUAGAAUUUGAUUGUGUGUCAGAGAAAUUAUUGAAUUGCCUGUUAUUGUUUCGACAUGAAUUUCUUACUAGUAUGAACAGUUGCAAUAUUUGAAGGUGUUAGGGAGUGGGAGGAGGAGUUGUUUGAAUAUUUAAAUUGCCUUAUGCAUAGCUGAAAGGAGGGGAAUGUGAAAGAUGUCAUGAUGUUGUAGAAUAUCAUGUACAGAUUCAUUAAUACUGGGAAUAUAGUGUCAGAUACUGAGACUUCUUGUAAUGUUUUUGUAUGUUAUGAACAUUAUAACAUGUACUGUCAGUGACAUUAUACAGUGUCAUACUUACCAAAUUUGUAAUGUCUAAGAUAUGUAAAGAGGGAAAUUAAAAUUAAAGGCUCACAAUGCCUUUGUUUAAAAUGUGGCUGCCACAUUUUCCAUUAUGAACAUAAAGUAUUUUAAUUUCUUUUUAAAUCCUAUUUCCAGUAAUUGUUUUCUCUAAUACUUGUUAAAGAUUUGAAUAUUGAUGAACACAAUAGAAAGUUUUAUUGAAUCCAAAGUUUUUGAUUACCUUCCCUGAUAGCUCUAACUGUAAAAGUUCAUGAGCAAUAUUAGAAGUAGCGCUUUUCCAACCAUGUAAGUAUGCAUACCAUCUGUUUGGACAGCUGUUUCAUCUGUUUUUAAUAUAAAAUUGAAAGUCUUAUGGAACUUUAAAUAAAGAGUAAAAGCUUAA